AUGAUUGCGGUCCUUCCAAAGAUCCGUUUUCCGCUCUUUAUCUUUCUAAUAUCUACGCUCGUUAUUCAUUCAGGCAGCGUUUCCGCGUCCGCGUCUACAAGCGUAUUCGCGAAUGCAGGUGGAAGCGCAUCCGCGUUGAGCAACGCGAACGCGUUUAUUGGAAUUGGAGGUCUUCCUGGAACCGGUGUGGGCCAUGACGGACACAAAGGAAUCCGUAGUUACGACAAUAGUGGCUCUAGUGGCAAUAAGCAGCCUGGCGGAGGAGUAAAAGAAAACCGCGGCUGUACAAAGUGCAAAUGGGAAAAUGAUGACUACUGGGAAAAAGAAGAGCCGGAAACAGAGUCGGAAGAAAAAGACGAAGACAAUUGCUACGAAGAUGGACAGUACAGAGAACACGAUCAUGGUCGUGAACACGACGAUGGAAAAUAUAAAGAGCACAAUCAUGGACAUGGAGGCAAAGGGGGGUCAUCGCCUUCUAAUAUACAGAAAAUAGGAGCUACUAAUCCUGUUAGUCGAGGGUCAUAUACAGGAACUGAAAGCUCUGCAAAUGCUGGUAGCAAUGCAGGAAGCGGUGCUCCGUUUGAAGGAGGACCAAUCAAAGAAGGCCCAAUUGAAAACCCAACCUCUAGAUCUCUAUGGAAUAAAGUGUCACCAGUUUCUGCAGGUGGUAUGUAUGCACAAGGACAGCCGAAACCUAGUUGGAAUGAAGGAGGCGGUAAUACGCAGUCUGGAAAUGGCCCACAAACUGCUAGUAGUUGGAACGCAGGGCCUGAAAGUCCGAACAAGAAACCCGAAACAGGUUCUGGAUGCUUCGGUAGUCAUCACUCUGGCGUCGACUGUGCCCAAGGUUCAAGCGGUGCAAGUCCUGUCAAACAGGCGCCAGUGCCGUACCCUGGAAUCAACUUUGGAAACGUUCAAAAACAGGCAUCUCCUAGCUAUUCAGGAAGUUCUACGGAGCGAUAUAAUCCACAGGGAUUCCCUGCCGGGUGUUCUACUGGUCCCUUCGGUACUUGUGCUGGAAACACAGUCGAAAAGCCAGGACAAUAUUUUAGUUCUCCUCAAGGUAGUUCUCCUGGAUCUUCGUAUGGCCCUCCUAGUGGACCAGGAAAAUAUCCUGGAAGCGGUUCUUCUGAAGGUGGUUUUCCUAGACCUUCGUAUGGUCCCUCUAGUGACUCAGGAAAAUAUCCUGGAAGCGGUUCUCCUCAAGGUGGUCCUUCUGAUCCUUCCUAUCGCCCUCCUAGUGGACCAGGAAAAUAUCCUGAAAGUGAAUCACUUCAAAGUAGUCCCUUUGGAUCGUCUUAUAAUUCAGCAACUGGACCAGGAAAGUAUCCUGGAAGUGGAUCACCUUCAAAUGCCAAUAGCGGUGUAACUGCGAACGCUGUAAGCUCAGCUUAUACCGGAGCAGGAAGCGGACCAGGAUAUUCUGGCCAUCCUACGAGCAGCAGUCCGUCUAAUGACUCUCCGUAUGUAAAUAGAGGAACACCAGGUUUUCUUAGUGGCAGCAGUUCGUCCGGAAGUCAGCCUGGCGUUAAGGGAGGUCCGCCGAAACCUGGUACUGGAAAUGGAUCACCUGGUAAACCUUCAGGUCCCAGAAACACAGGACCAAGUACGGGCCACGGUUCUCUUAACAACGAAGACAGCAAGAUCUUUUAUAUAAAUGUUAAUCCUGCUCCAGGAAGCCCAGUAGGUAUUAAACCUCACAGAACUACGAGUGUUCCUUAUGCUGGUAGUGGAAUAACGAAACCUACCUAUCAACCUGGACCUUAUGAUACUGUAGGAACAACUAAAUCUCUUUAUCAAUCUAUUCCCUAUGGUGGCACGGGCACAACAAAGUCUCCAUACCCCGGUAAUUCUCCCGGAAGCAUUCCUGAUGCUCCUGGAAGUAAUAACAAUAAUGGAUGGCCUACUCCAAACACAAAUAACUAUCCUACAAACCAGAGUCCAUCAAACGGACAACCAUCAGGAGGUUGUACCAAUGGAAACCAAGGUGGUUGUAAAAGUGGGAGUGAAUGUAACAGUGGCUCAAAUCUGAAUGGGUCUCCUAGUUACACACCCUGUGAUCAGCAAGGUCCUCCUCAAGGAAUUAAGAAGUCCACCGGAUCAGGAGGUUUCCGACCAGGCGGUUACAUGCAAAAUUUUCAAUCUGCCUUCCCUGGUGGAAUGUCUCCUGAAACUGGAAGCGGUGCAGCUAGUUGUUCAACUGGGAUACCUGGAUGCGCGUCUGGUCUUGGGAGACCACCGUAUGCAGACAAAAACGUGAAUAACAUUCCCAAAGGAGAAGUGUAUCCAUACAAUCCGUUCUUGACUGGAAAUGCUCCAGCUGGAAUGGCUACUAGUAAACCAAUCGGUCGAGGUAAUCCUUUCCUGGAACAAAGAAACGAUGGUGCAGACGUAGGUACUGGAGCUUGGAGUCAAGCUACCACCAUACCAGCUACUAAUCCAGGUAAUAGAGGUACAGACGUUGUUUCCACUGGAAGAGAUAGAACAAAAUCUAUUGGUGAAGGCAAUCCUUUCCUGGGUGCGUCCCCACUAGGACACUCACGAGGAGACAUAGAAAUCGGUGGUACAGGUGGUCCAUUAUCUGAAGAACCAGGUAAUCCAGGCAUUGGUAACGCUGGAUUAGGUCAACCUGCAAAUGGAAAUCCUUCCUGUAAUGAUAAAACUCAACCUGGAUGUAGAGGGUUUUCUAAUAAUCUUGGAUCGAACUCGAAUUUUGGACCAAGCAAUGCCAGAAGUCCUUUUGGUGUGAAAAAUCCAUCUGUGGGAAGCCGUGGCUCAGGAAGUGGAGGAGGUGUUGGUACGGGGUCUGAUGGAUUUGGAAAUUUCCCUGGACAAGCUAACGUCGGCAAUGGCAAUUGGUUCGGUGGAGGCCUCGCUGGGGCGUUUAGCGGCGCUCAAGCUUCCAGCUUCGCCAAUGCGAAUUCCGGCUCGUACUCCGGUUCCAGAGAUCCCAAAGCAGCUUUUGGACAAGCAAAUAGCGGAAGUUGGUCCUCUAGUGGAGCCAAUGUAGGAAGUCAAGCUGGAAGCGGUUCCUGGUCCUCCAACGGCGCAACCGCUUAUGCGAGUAGCAGUGCCAGCAGUUGGGCAGACGCUGGAUCAGUUCCUGUGAAAGGAUAAUCGACCGAAAUACACGACA